AUGAUGUUCGUAUUAUUACUACUAUCAGUAGUUUAUACUUUUAAUUUAUUUCCAGUUACUGAACAAUUUUCUUUAAAUGAAACUUUACAAUCAGCAACUAGAUCACAAAGAGAUAUUUCAAGACCAAUUCCAAUAGAUCAAAUAUCAGCUGCUGGUUUAUCAUUAACUGCUUUAUUUGAAGAUGUUGGUUAUUCAUUAGAGGCUUUGAAAGAUUUAACUGAUUUAUUAAAUGCUGGUGUUCGUAUAUUAAUGAUGGAUUUAUAUUGGAAUGAAUUUAGUUUUAAAUGGCAAUUAUGUCCAAGUCCAUUUCCUACAAAUAUGACUUAUAAUAUAAAUGAAAUUAAUAACUUUAACUGGAAUGGUAAAGUUUAUAAUUGUCAACCAUCAUUAACUACUGAAAAUAUAAUGUCAAUUAUUUCAAAUUAUCUUCAACAAACGAAUACAAAUGUAGAAGCAAGUUUUUUACAUAUCCUACUCAAUCUAAAAAGUAUAAACUAUCAAAAUAAUCAAACUGAUAUAAGACAGAUUUAUACUAAUCCGACAACUGAUGCAAUUGGUAAUUCAACAUUAAAUGAUACUGUUGCUUCUAUUAAUUCAUAUAUUUUCACUCCACAAGUAUUAGAUGCUUAUAAAAUUGAAUUGGAUUCAACUCAUGAAUUCAGAUCAUUUUACAACCAAUCAGAUUUAAUUAUGCCUUCAUUACAAACUGUAUUAUUAAAUGAGUAUAAAAGAUUACUUGUAAAUGUAAUUUCAAAUGAUUUAACUACUUCACCAAAUCUGUAUAAUAUUUCACAACAAGAUGAAGAUAUAAUAUUCUUUAAUAAUACUUUAUUCACUUCAAUAAGAUCAACAUGGAAUCAAGUCCUGACUGAAUGUGAAAAUUUAUUAAAUGCUUAUGAUUCAAAUGGUGUUGAUGUUUCACUAUUUAAUAAUAUUUCAUUAUCUACUCAUUUUAGAUAUAUAAUAGAUAAUAAUGAAAAUCCAUUCACUUAUACAAAUUUACAAAGAUAUAUAAGAUGUGGCCUAUCUCCGAUUUUCAAUGCCAGUGAAUAUAAAGUUAACAAUAGUCCUCAUUUAAAUGCAACUGAAAUAUUUGAAUCUUUCAUACCUUAUGCUUUUUGGUCUUGGAGUCCAGGUCAACCCCUACCUCCCAAUAAUGAUACUUCGUCAAAUCAUACAUUUGAAAAUAAUCGUGAAGACACUAAUAUUGCUUAUAAAUGUGGAUUAUUAACUGAUGAUGGUUGGAAAGUAGGUAAUUGUUAUCAAAGAUAUCAAAUAGUAUGUCAAAAUGAAACAUCACCGCAUGAAUGGGAUAUUCCAAAGGAUGUAAAAAAGAAUUAUUUUGAUAUUGAUAAAGAUGAUGAUUGUCCCGAUGGUUAUAAAUUUAGUAUUCCAAGACUGAAUGUUGAAAUGUUAUCAUUAAUAAAUACUAUAAAACUGCAAAAUAUAGAAUACCCUGUUUGGAUUGAUAUUAAUGAUAUUACAGUUACUGAUUGUUUUGUCACUGGUGGACCUUAUGCUCAAUGCCCGUAUCAGAAAACAGUCACCACUAAGAAAUUUGUUAGAAUGAUUGCUCCAAGUAGUGUUGUUGUUGUUGUUUUAUUAAUAUUGGUGGUGAUGGAAAAGACAUUACGAACUAAUCCUAUACAAAGUAAUAGAAAAAGGUAUUGGAAAAAGGCAUUAAAUGAUUAUUAUAAACAAAAUGAUUAUGAAGGUGUACCUAGUUAA